AUGAGCAGUCUGAUAGUUAAUAAAUGUGCUGACGUUGUGCUGUGUGUAGACCUGGAGGUGCAGCUGGAGGACCAGAGGAAGCAGCAGCAGGUCCGGGCUCUGCUCUCCUGCCCUCAGCCCGCGGCCAAAACAAAAACCCCCCCCAAGCGUCCGCCCAAACGCCCCCGCCUGCAAAGACCCGCCUCAACCAGCGCCACCCUCCUUUCCUCCCCCAUCACCCAGCAGCAGACCCUGCAGCCCCAGCAGUUCACCGUGCUCUCCCCCAUCUCCCUCACCUCCAUGGGGCAGCCCUUCACCAUGGCCGGCCUCUCCUCCUCCAACACCGUCACGCUGCUGCCCGCCGGCUCGCAGCUCUUCACCCGCUACAUGCUGGCCGGGGACGGGAAGACGGACACCAUCACGCUGCACCCGUCCUCCGGCCUCACGCUGCUGGGCACCGCGCUGCAGGACUCGGGGCAGCUGGGCACCAUGGUGAGCCCCGUGGAGCUGCUGCAGCUCACCCAGCAAGGGGGCGGAGAGGGGAUGGCCCUCGAGGGACAGAUGGUGGACGGAGCCAUGCUGGUGCAUCAGGAGGGCGAGGUGGGGCAGGACCACACGGUCAUCGAGAUCAACCCGGCGCCCAUGGAGCAGGCGGUGGGCGUGAUGGAGCUGCAGCUGAGCGGGGACUCGGGUCAGGACGCCAUGAUGAUACAGACCGGCAUGGAGGAGACGCAGUGCCAAAUGCAGGAGGUGCAGACUGGGGGGGUGGAGGGGCUGCAGCUGGACGCAAGCGGACAGCUGUCGGGCGUCCAGAUCGUAGUCAUAGAGGACAACACUCAGGAAGAACACAAGGAUAAAUGAGACUCUCUUAUUUUAUCCCGCGGACUGUCAGACUGUAAAUGCUGAAUCUCCGAAUCCACUCUUUGCCUUGGCCUAAGACCAAGCUCUUGGGGAACAGUCUAUCUGCCAGCAAUGUGAACCCGGAAAUGUUGAGUACCCCACAUUUUAAUGUUAGAAUGCAGUUUUGAGUGCCCUAAAACAUUCAAAUGGAAUCAAAUUCAUCAAAAUCAGUCCUCGGGAGUACAGGUAAGGCCACUUUCUGGUUAAAACUGCUCUGAAAAUGGCAGAAAUGAAUUCAACAUCCUCAAUAACUAUUGUAUGUAUAUGCUCAUUAAUGCUUAUUAAUGCAACUUAUGCUAAUUUAGCAUAUUGCCCAACUUGUGAAAGUUAGCUGGGGACCCGUACUUUAUAUUUCUUACAUAAAAACGUUGGGGUACUCCACAUUUCCGGGUUCACGACAGGACUCUAUGAGCUGGUAAAUAGACUAGUAGUCAGCCAUUUUUCCUUUUCUUGGUGUGUGUGUGUGUGUUGGUGUGUGUGUGUGUGUGUGUGUACAUGCUCCCUUAACAUUUGUAUUGAAACAAAGAGGCUUCACAACAACAAAUAUUCUGUUGCUUAUGUCAGUUUUGUAUUUUAAGUACAAUUGCGGUUUAUUACAACUUGAAGUAUUAGUAGUUUUGGCUCUGAUUUCUAGCUGUUAUAACGACAUUGUACUCAUCAGGUUACAUACUGAGAUGGGGCAGAACAAAAAUCCAGAUAUCUCACAAAAAACGUGUGUUUGUGUGCCCACAGUUUUCCUGUACGAUGAUUCCCAACAUGUUGUGUGUUCACUUGCAGUUUUAUUAAAAGGGCUGGAUUAGAAUUUCCUUAAACCUGGUUUCCCCAUCAGGUCCAUUUGCUCCAUAGCUGUGAGGAGACUGAUGUCUGAUUCGGCAAGAACAUGUUAACAUUCUAUUUUAAGGGAUUAUAACCUUGGGUACAGAUUUAGAGCUAAAAUGAAUACUUAAUCAUCACCAAAAUGACCAUUUGUAUAUCAACAACUCUCCCUGAACUCUUGGAGAAUAGUUUCUUACAUGCUUCGACAGUGAACAAAAAAAUCUCCAAACGUAUGAAAGUCUGGAUGAAUUCAAGUAAGACGGGACAUCGUAAAACAAAACAUACAUUUACAAACUAAGUUACGC